GGGCAGAAGAGAGAGGCAGAGGGAGGCACACACCGACACCUAGGCAGUCACACCGAGUGCGCGCGUGGAUCUCAAUGGGGAGGUCUCUGUGAAGCGCAGCCUACCUGUUGGAGCUCAUUGCGGGAGACUGUGCCGGACCCAGGCUGAUCGUGGAUCUGCGGGAAGCCUACUGCACUUGCGAGGAAUGAACAGAACGAACAUGUCUCCAAGACUAUUGCUCUGCGCUGUCUUGGCUGUGUACCACGGGACGCAAACCUGCAGUGGAUUUAAUAUAGAUGAACGUUUCCCGGUGAUCAAAGAGGGGAAAACCAAAGGGAGCUUCUUUGGAUUCUCAGUAGCUCUGCAUCAGCAGACGCAGGGCUCCACGAAGUACCUGAUUCUUGCAGGAGCACCCAAAGAGAAAGCCGAAUCCCUAAAAAAUGUCAGUGAAACGGGCGCUGUCUACUCCUGUCCCAUUACAACAGACACCGCUGACUGCUCCAGAAUGGACCUGGUCAGCACAACAAAUCCAUCUGAGAUGGUGGAAGGCAUGUGGCUGGGUGUGACAGUGGCCAGUCAGAGAGACCAGCAGGCGGGACGCGUGCUGGCAUGUGGGCAUCGCUAUGUGAAGAUCAUCCAAGGCAGCUCAGAGGAGCAGCGGCGUAUGACAGGAAAGUGCUUUGUCAGGAGUAACGACCUGACAUAUGACCCCACUGAUGAAUGGCAGACUUAUACGUACGAGGUCUGCAACCCCAACUUUGACAUGGAACUUGAGGGCAUGUGCAACAUGGGCAUCUCAGGCGGCAUGACUGACAAUGAUGUCUACAUCGGCGCAACAGGCAGCUACGUGUGGCAAGGAAAUGUUCACGUAAUAUGGAGAGAUCCAGAUCCUGCGAAUGCCUGGGACUCUAUAGACAAAGACUUUGGCCAGCUAAAAAGACGAAACAGUUAUAUGGGUUAUUCAGUUGUUGAGGAGAAAAGGCUGCUGCGUCAUGACGAUUACACAGUGGUGACAGGGUCUCCCAGGGACGACUCCAAGGGCUCUGUGGUGUUCGGGACAAAGACUGACAAAAACAUCAAGCCGGUGCUCAUCAUCCCAGGGGAACAAGUGGGCUCGUACUUUGGGAACAGCCUGGCUGUCACCGACCUCAACAAUGACGACUGGAAUGACCUGAUUGUGGGCGCCCCAUUUUACUUUGACCGUAUGAAGGAUGAGGGAGGAGCAGUGUAUAUCUUUAUGAAUGAGAAUGGAUCUUUCCAGAACAACGCCACCAUGGUGCUCAAGGGUCCAUCGGCCUCGGGAUUCGGCUUUGCAGUGGCUGCCAUUGGUGACGUCAACCAAGAUGGAUUCCAAGAUUUUGCAGUGGGAGCUCCAUUCCAUGACACAGGAAGGGUCUACAUAUGGAUGGGGAGUAAAAAGGGAAUCUCACAGGAGCACAGUCAGGUGAUUGAGGGUAAAUCAGUGGAAAAUGGAGGAUUCAAGACUUUCGGCUACUCCAUCAACGGAGGAAUGGACAUGGAUGACAACAGUUACCCUGACAUCUUAGUUGGCUCUCUGGAUGACCGCAUGGCCCUGCUCAGAGCUCGACCAGUCAUCCACUUAACUAAGAACUUCACCGUCGGGCCAAAGAUUGUGGACCCUAAUCAGUGUGCUGGAAAUACACCAUGCAUUACAGCGACUGUGUGCAUGUCCUUCACUCUAAGCACUGGAAACAAAAACUUCAAAAAAAACAUCACGGUAAAGUAUACAGUGGAGGCUGACAUAGAGAGGAAAAGAAGCCCCCGUGUUCGUUUUGAGGACGGUAACACUGACACAUAUACCGGCUUCCUGAGCCUGCUGUCUUCCGUAUCCAAGUGUGAAACUCUGAAACUGACUGCAUUGGCGACUGUGAGGGACAAACUGAAACCGGUGGUCUUUUCCCUCAACAUGUCCUUAGAUGAACAAAAACCUAAAACCAGACGUGCCCUGCAGAACCUGGACGCCUUCCCAGUUCUCAGCCAGGAGCAGAAACUCACUGAAAGAACUGAGAUUAACUUUCAGAAGGAGUGUGGCAUAGACAACAAAUGUAACAGUAACCUGCAGGUGACAGCCCAGUUUGUUGACGAACAGAAAAACCCUUACCGCAGGCAGGGCAAAUUCCAGGUACUUGAGUUCCGCAGCACUAUGAAGAUAAUAAGGCUGAUGGUAGAGGUGACCAACGACCAGGGUGAAGAUGCCCACCAGGCGAUGCUCAACAUCACCAUCCCUGACGCACUGAGAUACUCUGGCGUCAGGUCGGAGGACCACGAUGUGCAAUGCAGUUUGGACGUCACAGUGAUUUGUGAGCUGGGGAAUCCAUUUAAAGGCAAUGGAAAGGCAUCACUUUCCCUUAUGUUUGAGACAUCAGGGAUCAAUCUAUACACACAAGAGAUUGAGUCCCAGCUGCUUCUGUCCACUCUUAGUGAGCAGAGUGACCUGACGCCUGUGCCUGUGGCCCUGCUGAUUGAAAACACCAUCUUCCCCUCCUUCUCCAUAGUGAACAACAUGGUGCACACAAAAUUUGGUGGGGAAGUGAUGGGCGAGUCAGCCAUGGUCAACACCAGUGACGUGGGCAGUCUGGUGGAGUUCACCUUCAAUGUGGACAUGAGUGGACAGCCCCUGGGAGACAUGGGGACCCUCGCUGUGGAGUUUGAGUGGCCCUUUGAGGUAGCCAAUGGCAAGUGGCUGCUGUACCUGACGAAAAUUGUUGUAAAAGGGGAAUCAGAGGUGGAAUGUAACCCUCCUGGAGAUGUUGUCAACCCGCUAAAACUAAAAUUGUCAGGGAGCGGACCAAAGCGCACUAAACGUCAGAUUGUGGUGGAUGAUAAAAUGACCAAGCCACAGGCCGCCAUCACACUGCUCACUCCUCGCAAAGAGACCUACAUGUUGGAAUGCUCCAAGGGGACAGCACGAUGCGUGACAUUUACCUGUCCACUGCGCAACAUGACUGACUCAGCCAAGAUUUAUGUCCGGUCCCGUUUGUGGAACAGCACAAUGCUAGAGGAAUACUCCAAAGCUCUGGAAGUUACUGUCAGAGGUCAAGCCACACUGAAGCUCAUAACAGAUAAACAAACCAUCAAGAUGGAAAGUCAGACCAUCAUGUUCAAAGUAGAAAUAGAACCGGUGGAGGGGGUGGAGAUACCCUAUGAGCUCCCACUAUGGAUUAUCAUCUCUGCAGCUAUAGCGGGAAUUCUACUACUGGGAAUAAUCAUUGUUAUUCUGUGGAAGUGUGGAUUCUUUCAGAGGGCCAGCAGGAGAGAGAUGUAUGAGGCCAAGGCCCAGAAGGCUGAGAUGAAGAUCCAGCCCUCUGAGACAGAGAGGCUGACUGAGGACUACUGAUGUCCCCAAGGGUCCCCCCAACAGCACACACGAGUGGGGCUUUUGGCUUGGAUUCUUCAAGCGAGCCAUUUACUACCGGAUAAUGCCAAAGCACCAGGGGGUGAAAAUUCGUAAGGCUGAGCGCUAUCAGUUCAAUCUGGGAUUUCAGCCUGAGGAGCCACAGAAAAAGUAUUGGAUCACCAACUGGACAGAGAUGCAGCAUUACUACUACUGAGGCAUUUACUUUGGAACCUGAACCACUUACCAUCACACUGGUUUGAAACAGGCCAAACAAAGAACAUUGGGCUCAGUCGACCCACAAGGACUUUACAGCGCAUGGACCAAUUGUGGAUUCAAUUUAUUUUAACUUUAGCAGAUUCAUCAGCUUUUUCAGUGCAAUAUACUGAACAUUCUGUUUCAGAGAUUGUAAUUUGUUAAGUUUGAAUGCAGUUUUGUACAUUAAAAUCGGGGUUGAAUUCAAGAGUAAAUUGUAAAUUUGAUUACGUUGCUGUUUUUUUAUGUAUUGAACUUAGUGUUUGUGUGUAUGUUUUCAUUUCAUUUUUUUUUUUGAAUCCUCUUAGCAGUUGCUGGUCAUUCAUCAUGUUUAUUUCCACCAUGUCUGUUUUCCUCUCUAAUCAGAGGAAUGAGUCUAUUGAUUUUCUCUGUGAAUUGUGUAUGUCUUUCGUGCUCUGUCCCCAUGCAUCACUUUGUGGUCAGUGGUUGUAGGCUAUGUAAGUCAUUUAGGAGAUCAUUUUCAAACUGCUCUCAGAAUAUGCUGACCAGCCUCCACUCUGCUAUGAGCGAACAAGCAUCUUUAUGUGAAUGUCCAUGUCAGUGUUUGGCAAGCAUUACGCAGACUUGCAUCUCAAAUGCAGUUUAUAGUUGUGGCACAGACCUCAUAUGGAAAAAGUGAUUUUCCUGAUUCAGGGAAUAAAUACAGAGAGGUUCAGAGAAAAAUGGUACUCAUUGGUGAAUAAUUCAUUUUAUAGCCCAGCUAGACAUGUUUUUAUUGCCCACAUUUGAUUGAAAAGCAAUAGCAUCUUGUCUGUAUGUAGACUGAGUUAAUAUGUGUUGAUGAGAUGAUGGGAGUACACUUGAUAAUUAUUUAUUACACUGUCUUGUGUUAUCACAGUAAAGAACCAAUCUGGAAAGCUUAACAGGGAGUCGUGACACUGGAUCAAAUAAUAAAUGAUGUAAUAUACUGUAUAUGUCUGAAGACUGUAAGCUCUGGCAUAGAUAGUUACGUUAUAAAUUGUACAUAGUGACAAGUUAUGUUGAAUUGACUAUUUGAAUGCUUAUGUCACUGGCCUUUGUUUCACGGUCCCAAAGCUUUGUAUUUUUGUACGAGACAGUAAAUUGACACUUGGAUUGUUUCCAAGCCAUUCAGGCCCCAUUGAGGUCAACCUGCAGUGCUGAAAGUAGACUGGACCAGGAGAAGAAGUGUUGCAUUACCACACUAGUCCGUGUUACCUGAGAGCCCACAGUCUGUGACUGUGGAUGCUACAGAGGCUCCAUUGACUCUGUGAGUAAAGAGGGAAGGGCUGAAUUCAAUGCACAAACUCUGUUCUCUGUGUUGGUGUUGUGCUGUACUGUGCAGUUUCAAUGUAAUUAAAUUGUUUUUAACAA